AAUUUAGGUGAUAGUUUUAAUUCACUGUUGCAUCCAGAUGAAGCAUCCUUUGUUUUGUACGUCUUUUUAUAUAUACAUUUUCUGCUGCUGCUUUUUGUUUUUUUCAUAUUUAGAAUAUAAACUUCAUAUUAAGAUAAAAAAUAUAUAGAGUAGGAGUUGAAACACUAACAGAGUUUACAUUGAAGGUCUGCUGCAUAUUUUUAGCAGCAGGUGCACAACAUGACCAGUAGAGGUCCUGCUUUCCUCUCAUGUUCUGCAGUAGAGUUGAGGCUGUUCAGACAGAUCAGGGGCUGAAAGUCAGCAGCAGGAAACUGGAAACAGUUCAGUCGUAGUUAAAUCUCUGAAGCAUGGAUUCUCCUGCUCCAGUCUCACAUUACCUGUAGCACAGAGAGCACCUCAAGCACAGGGAGCUCACUUUGUCUUUGUGGACUUUCAUCUGUCAGCUGGUUGGAUUUCAGGUACUGAUUUUGAAAUCUCGAGGUCGCCGCCGUCUAGACAUCAAAGUGUGGCAGCUUGUUUUGCUGCCGGAUGAUUGUGGGUUUACUUGACAGGGUGUGCAUGCUGUGGAUUACAACCUCCAGCAGACAGUGUGUCAGUAAGAUGCAGCUACAACUGUGCUGACCAGCAGCAGCUCAACAACACCAGACAGCUGACAAGGCUGCAGCCUGGAUGUGAUUCUGGCCCGGCGUGUGCGUUGGUGACCCAGCCUCAGUGUGCGAUGUGUCGACCUGCUUUGACCCUGUGUCUGCUGCUCUGGAUGGUCGGACCGGCUGUCUCCAGGACGCAAGGUCAGGUCACAGCUCCUGCCAGUCUGAGUGCAGAGGUGGGCCACUCCCUGCUGCUCGGCUGCAACGUCACCACGGAAACGGGCGACACCGUCCGGCAAGUGCGCUGGCUCGACCGGUACAAGAAGGUCCUGCUGGCGUACGAGCAGGGCGUGCCGGUGCGCAUCAGCCACCAAGAUCCCAACGUGCUGCUCACCGCCACCAACAACGACGCCAGCUACAUCACCAUCAAGAGGGUGCGGCCCGAUGACGAGGGCUGCUACCGCUGCAUCUUUGACGUUUACCCCCGGGGCCCGCUGGAAGGCACGACGUGCAUCAGCGUCACUGGUAAAGUGCACCUGGAGGGCAACAAGACGGUGGUGAGCGGGAAGCCGGUGACGCUGUCCUGCUGGUACAGCCUCUCUGAGAGGGUGCGCCAGGUGCUGUGGAGGAAGACGGCCGAACAGGGUGACACCACCAAAGUGGCCUCCUUCGCCACGAACGGCCACCAGAGCACACAGGAGCAGUACAAGGGUCGGGUCAGCUUGAGUCAAACCCUGGGCGACACCCAGCUGACCAUCAAAGCGGUCAGGACGGAGGACGAGGGCUGCUACACCUGCGAGUUCCACACAUACCCAGACGGCACCAAAAGUGACGUCGCCUGCCUCUCUGUUUAUGUUUUACCUAAACCAGAGGUGAGUCACGUGACGUCGUCCUCAGGAGUCACCGAGGCGAACUGCACCGCCCAGUCCCGACCUGCAGCAGAGAUCAUGUGGAACAUCGGCGGGGACAACCGAACACUUGGACCGCCCAUUAUAUCCGCCUACGACCAGGGCGACGGCACGACGUUGGUGACGAGCACGCUGCUCUUCCCGUCGGCGCUGCUUAGUGAGCUGUCCGUCAAGUGCGUCGUGCACCACCCGGGUUUGGAGAAACCUAUGAACGUGUCUCUCAACACAAGCAUGGGUCCAGCCGUGAUCAUCCUCCUCUCGGUGUGCGGCGUGGCAGCGGUCCUCCUCCUGUGUCUGUGUGUGUGUCUCUGCAAGUGCUUCAUCUGUACUGGCGACUGAUUUGGAGGCCGACGUCACUGCUGCUUUGAUGACGGUCCAGCGGAGCUCUGAGCCUGACCUAUCUGCUCAGCACCGUGCCCUCCAGCUCCGUGGAUGGGAACAGAGCUUUUCACAGAACUGCUGGUUCUGCUUCUAUGAGCUGGGAAGAUCCUGCUAGAGCAGACACAUAUUUAUCUUGACAUUUACUGCAAAGUAAACCGAGCUAAAAAACACAUUAUUUAAUGCCAGAUAUUACACUAACAUUAGAAAAGUUGCUUUGAUGAUUGAUGAAAUGUUGCAGUAUGUGUGGAAGGUAAAUUGUCAGAUGUUGAACAGUGAGAAAAGUUAUAUAUAUUUUUAAAAUUUUGUUUGAUAGCUUGAGUAGAGUUUGCUCAGUUGAUAUUUUGGACUUUGUUGUGUAGCUUAUUUAGAAAAUCAACUAACGUAAUUUAAAUUUAAAGGAACAGUGUGUAACAUUUAAGGGGAUCUAUUGGCAGAAAUUUAAUAUUUAAAUUAAUAUGUAUGUUUUCUACAGUAGCCUAGAACAGACGAAACAAACACUGGCUCUAGAUUUGCGUUUUCAAGUCGGUCAUUGUAGUUUUUCUUAGCACACGGGAGAAGUUUCAGCUGGUUGCAAUCUGCAACCACACCAUUAGAUGACGCCAGAGCCUACACAUUGCACCUUUAAAUAUAUCAAAAAAUAAUUUAUCAGUGGAGAAUUGAUUAGUUCCCAUUAAAAAAAAAAACACAAAUGUUCUUUAUUCUUUUAAAGCUCUUUAAAAAAACAUUUAAAAUCUUAAUAAUUCUUUCUAUAUGACAUUCAUUUUGCAAAUUUAAAGUUGAUUAGGUGUUUAGUUUAAUGCUCUAAAGCUCAGCUUAUCUUCAUCAGGUCUGAGUGAGGUUUGAUCAGAUUUGACUGUGAUCUGGCAACAUAAGAUUUGAAUUGACACUUUGCACAAUGCGGAUUAGUGCACGGACGAAUGUGGCGACGCAGAAAUAUCUAAAAGGAAAAAACCCAAACUGUUCUAACUGUGGCAGAACAUUUUGUCUCCAUCACUCCGAGUAAUGAUGAGAAAAUAGUUUUUCAGGGCGUUUAAGGUGGCUGAAACUUUGGACUUCUUGGCCUGAUUGCUGCGGACCAUCAAACUGCCCACCACAGGGUGCUACGUCACCUGAAAACCCUCUAUUUGUGGUCGUCAAUGAAACAACCAUUUUUCUAAACUAGAAAUGAUUAAAAGGAUGCCGUGACAAUUUUGAACUUCACUUACAAGUUACAGGAAAUCCAAAAGACAAGGGGGACUGAGGCUAAAAUCUGACUUUUAGUGAACCAACCCUAGUGUGACUCAGACCGAAAGGAUGGGUUUGAGUGGAGAAUAAUGAAAGGUUUGUUAUUUAUAGCUGCUGUGUUGUGCGGGGCAGAGAAGGGUGGUCGACCUGUAACCUCUCAUGCGCUCGCUCGGUGGUUAACACCGCCCAAACGAUAAACCCUGCAGCUCUGAAUCACUGUUUGUGUGUGCGUGUGCGUGCGGAGACAUUUGUACUGUUUGUGUAUGUUGUGGCAUUGUUGUACAGUAUUUCAUGACUUACAGAGCCGCACUGUAGGGAGCACCAGUGUUAGAAUUUAACUUUUUAUUCGGGAAAAUAUUAAUAUAGGCCUACAUGGGCUGUGUACAGUACAAUUUUGUAGAAAAUCUCAUUAAUAUCUCAUUUAUCAGGACAAAAAAAUAUUUUUUAUUAACAAUUAAACAGCUUUUGGAUGGUUUUACAGUAAAGUCAACAAUCUGUAUAUAAAGAGGAUUAUAUAAAUGUUAAUAAAUGCCUACAUUGAAGAUAAAAAAAGAAACUUAGCUAAGAUGUCUACCUGCUGUUUAAUUUUCUUUCAUUUUAAUAAUCAUGUGUUAACAGUGUUUUGAACAGUAUUCAACUUUUUAGUAGAGCUGAACUGGUGCUGAGAUAAAUCUGAAGUUGAUUUAAAAUACAA